UUAUCAAAAAAGCACAGGGGCCCAGCCACGACCACUAGCAUCACCCACUGCUUUUGGUUGCCAGUCACUACGGUGGCGUGGGCCCCGCGAACAACUCUCCUGUUAGGAAACUGGUUUCUCGUUGGGUCGUCUUUAGUGAUGGCGAUGGGAUGUCGGUGUCGAUUUUAGGGAGCACAUACCUUCUUACUGAGCGUGCUUGUGCAUCAUUGAAAGUGCAGUGCGCGCACAAAGUGAUUCGUAACCUUCAACUCUUCGCAAGAGACAUGUCAGUUCUCCAAGACGCAUAUAAAAAUGCCAUGGUGAGGUAUCAUUCGUACCACGUGCGCCAAGGUGGCUAUCUUUUACAGACCAAGAAUGACUGCAGUCGUGUAAACAACUCUUACCUUGCCGUCUCACACAAGCAAGCAAAAUGCAGUCAUCGAAGUUGCGCACGAUUAUGACAUAAGGCAACGGUAUUUAUUCAUGAACUGAGGCCAUAAUGCAAGUCGACAUCUCCCAUCCAGCAGAUUGAAUGGCGUGGUGAGAAGCGUCCAAAGUGAAGAAGUCACGAGCA